AGUUUUUCACCAACAAUUUGCGCGGGUAUUCUCUCUCACCGCAAAUGGAGAUAAAUUCAGUGCAGGACAUACUGAAUUUACUUAUUUCUUCUGCAUUCCGGAGAUGCCGCAUGUUAGACGAUCUAUGCAGAUUAUCGGUGUCUCUUAAACCCACGCGCUCUUUAGUUCUAAUUUCAGUUUCUGAUACAGGCACUGGAAACAUUUUGGAGGAAUUUAGUCAAUUUGAUUACAAAAACAACACCAUUUUGUCUGGUAAAUGGGAUGGGCUUCUUUCGGUAAUGACCACAAGCAGCACUGACAGAGAAAUACAUCACUUAAAAUUUGACUUAAAAGAAGUUGUUGCCUCAAGAAGACUGGUGAGACUACCAUCAGUAACAAAGAGUGGUGCAAAAUUCAGCGGAACUGAAGUAUCAUUGUCCCUUUAUGAAGAAAUUGAUGUUCUUGUAACAAUGUUACACCUCUAUCUUCAAAAGAUUCUUCUUCUAAAAGCAUUUGUAAGUUCGGAUAACCUUUUUACCUUCUCUGCGUUUCAUAAGAUUGCAAUUGAACUGAUGGUUGAAUCUGGUGGUGGUACAAAAUCAUAUUUUCUGCAAAAUGCAUGCCGCACCCCAGCUACGAAUGAUGUAAAUAGUUACAACCUGACGUUGGGGCUAGAAGAAUAUGUUUCCAAGCAUGGGAACAAACUUGCCGAAGCUUGUCACUCUUGCUUCUCAACUGGAAAGAAUCUCAAAGUUGGUUCUGGGGUAGCUUGUAGCAGAGAAAACCACCAAAACUUAGGCCAGGUGAUGGAAGUUGUAAUCAUCAUCAGCAACGUAUCAAUGUUGGACCAAUCUUCCUGCUCCAGGUUAUAUGGCCGUAGAACAGAGGUCUUGUACUUCAAAGAUUUCUCACCCUGCUCAAUGCCACAAUCAUCUCUUGAAGCAUUGAACAGCAUUGACUGGAAAAAUUAUGGAUUAGUUCUAAAAAGUGUUGGAGAUCAAGAUGGCAUCACAAUAUUAGAGUGGGAAAACUUACCCCCGUGCUCGCACAUUGAUAUUGCGCUCCACAUAUAUGAUAAACAGACAUUGCCUUGCUCGCGCAGUAACAGAACUGAUAGGUACCUCACCAGGAAAGCUCUCAAGCUUGCACUGUCUGACCUGAAGAAGAGGAAUGCAGGAACAUUACUCAGUGAGCGUGCUGUCAAGAUAUGCAAUUAUGCACCCGAUCUUGCCAAAACAAUUUCAGGCUUGAUCAUGUCUUCGCUAGACUUGAACUUCAAAAGAGAAUGUUUGUCUCUACUUGGGCUGCCAUCUCCGGAACAUGAAAAGGAUAUUGUUGAGACCUGCAUCAAAGAUAAGAUCAUUUCUGUCAUAGCAACAAAUGACAGUGGUAGUAGACGGGGAACACUUUUCGAGCAUGGCCCCAAGAAGUCAUACGAAGGUGUAGUCGAGUAUUUUGAUGCGUAGUAGCAUCCUACUUUGCAACCACAUUUAUAGAAUUUAUUGUUUGUGUUCAAAAGAGCAGCCUGAUGUUGAGACGAUUAGUACGACAAUGAGAAUUUAAGGCCCGGCCCGGCCCGCAUUUAAGUUU